GCAGUCUGGGGCCCGCAGACACCCAGCUGCUCUGAGCCGAAGGCACAGCAUGAAGGCUCUCCUGGCCUUGCCGCUGCUGCUGCUACUCCUCUCGCCACCACCCUGCACCCCCCAGCUUUCUGGAAUCCGGGGAGAUGCUUUGGAGAAGGCGUGCCUUCAGCAGCCGCUCGACUGCGACGACAUCUACGCGCAGGGCUACCAGGCAGACGGCGUGUACCUCAUCUACCCCUCGGGCCCCAGCGUGCCCGUGCCCGUCUUCUGUGAUAUGACUACCGAGGGGGGCAAGUGGACGGUUUUCCAGAAGAGAUUCAAUGGCUCAGUGAGUUUCUUCCGGGGCUGGAAUGACUACAAGCUAGGCUUUGGCCGUGCCGACGGGGAGUACUGGCUGGGGCUACAGAACCUGCACCUCCUGACACUGAAGCAGAAGUAUGUGCUACGGGUGGACUUGGAGGACUUUGAGAACAACACAGCCUUUGCCAAGUACGUGGACUUCUCCAUCUCCCCCAACGCAGUCAGCGCCGAGGAGGACGGCUACACCCUCUACGUGUCAGGCUUCGAGGACGGCGGGGCAGGCGACUCGCUCUCCUACCACAGCGGCCAGAAGUUCUCCACCUUCGACCGGGACCAGGAUCUCUUUGUGCAGAACUGCGCGGCCCUCUCCUCGGGCGCCUUCUGGUUCCGCAGCUGCCACUUCGCCAACCUCAAUGGCUUCUACCUGGGCGGCUCCCACCUCUCCUACGCCAACGGCAUCAACUGGGCCCAGUGGAAGGGCUUCUACUACUCCCUCAAGCGCACCGAGAUGAAAAUCCGUCGGGCCUGACGGGCUGGCUCCCGUGGGCCCUGCCUUCCCCGGCCGCCCUGGGGCUCCCUCAGAUAUUCUCCUGCUAUCUCUCUUGGCUCCCAUGCACCGGUUUCUCAGGAGGGGCCUAGCGGGUCCACACCCCCCCCCCCCCCCCGCUGAUCCCCAUCACGUCCCUACAGCAUCCACCCAAGCCUGGCACUCCACCUCACACCACGCUGCCAGCGUCUCCCCACUCAUUCUGAGGCACAGCCGGCCGGCCUAGCUGGGCUCCACGACACCCUGUGCCAAGAGCGGAGAGCCAGGAGCCGCCCUCCUUGCCACAGGCCCACUGUUAACCUCAGCCAGCUGCCUCUCGCAGCUACCUCUGGCUGGGGCCACCCCAGCUGCAUGCUGUCCUCCCUCCACCAACUCUGUUCCCUGAGGGAAGCACCAAGGAUGGUCCCCACCCCCCAAGCCCUAGUUC